UGGAAACGUUCACCCGUAGCAUUGUUGUCAAGUCCCCCUCACUUUGGACCUGUCGAGGUGUUCUUUACCGUACUGCGCGAAUAUCAUUGUCUCCUAUUUUAUAGUUAUUGGUUCGUAAAUUUCUAAAACACGGAUCCUCUGGGAAGAUGUCAUCGAUAGCCAGCUUGAUGCUUACCACUUUGGUUUUUCUUACUGCCGAGCAUCAAGUUGUCGAAGCGUCAGCUUGUUCCUAUUCGGGGGAAACGAUAAAUCCUAAAGACAGCAGAAAUGACUCCAUAUUCAGUCCUGGAUACCCUGGGUAUUAUAACUCAAAGAGUUGUAAAUGGAAAAUCGUGGCGUCCUAUCGCCAGAAACUUCUCAUCUACUUUACAGAAUUCGAUAUGGAAGAUUGUAGUAUCUGUAGCUGUGACAGUGUGGAAAUUUAUGAUGGAACUAAUCAGUACGGCUCUCGUUUAUCAAAAAGCUGUGGAAGCAGUCUUCCUGUGCCUGUGUAUUCUACAGGUCGUAAUAUCUUCAUGAAAUUCACUUCGGAUAAGAGCGUAACAGGGGGAGGAUUUGUGGCACACUACAGAGUGCUGAAUUCCUCAUCAGGUUGUCCAGCAAUCAUUCCUGGCGCCUCAGCUGGCGUAAUUUACAGUCCUAAUUUUCCUUGGAGUUAUACGGCCUACAGUUCAUGUGACUGGCGUAUUGAAGCACCUUCGGGGGAAAGGGUUCAUUUGAAGUUCAUAAGAUUCCACGUGGGGUAUUACUCUAAUUGUGAUUACAGCUACGUGGAGGUGCGAGAUGGUUACUACAACUCACUACUUGGGAAGUACUGUGGGUCUCAAAUUCCAGCCUCCGUCUCCUCCUCAUCCAACUCUCUAACUGUUAAGUUCCGUUCUUCCUACGCCACCUAUUCGGGAUUCCUGGCACUGUACCAAACGGGAUACAGCUUUCCAACAGAUGCUCCAGCAUACAGACCUUUCUACCCGACAACGCGGUCUGCAUAUCACAGUUGUAGCAGUCACAGCUCUGAAACUACCUUUUACCUUGAAAGUUCAAGCUCGACAACCAUCAGGUCAGGUUAUGGUGGCUUCUGGAACACCAGGGCUCCCUAUUCAAGCUGCACAUUCAAAAUAUCUACAGAGACGGGUUACAACCUGGAGCUUACUCUCGACGCGAUGAACGUGUACAGCUGUUCUAGCUGUUCUUGUGGAUAUCUGAAAGUUAGAGAUGGAAGUUCAUCAAGUGAUCCGCUUCUCGGGGAAUACUGCGGCACUGUAAACUAUGGUACGGUGACAUCGACAGGAAACCAUUUGUACGUUGAUUUUAACAGCGAUUCCAGCAGAACCAGCUUCCGCGCAACAGUCCGUUCUAGAAGAGGUUCCAGUGUUAAUGUUGCGGCCAUCGUGGUGCCUAUCGUUGUCGCAGUUGUCCUGUUUUCCAUCAUCUUUGUUGUUAUAAAGUGUACCAAGAUAAAUCGUUCUGCCGGACCGGCUGGGUCGUCUCGUGUGAACGACGUUCCCCUACAGCCCUUCUCGGAUGCCCCUUUGUUAGCGACGAUUGGGCCGUCUCUGUCGUCUGGUACACAGCAAGUUGAUGUUCCGCCUCCUCAUCCCAAUCCCGCGACAGCCCCUGAUGAACUGCCUCCCUCCACUGAUUAUUCACAGGGUUUUACUAACUUCGCAGAAGGAGGUGGAUAUGUUCAAGGAUAAACAGUGCCCGGUCUGUUUCCAGGAUUUGUUUGAUGCGCGUGUAAUUUCUCUGCGGAUAAACUGGAUAUUUACUAAACGAGUUAAUAAUGUAUAAGUGUAGCCAAAAAUAAUGCAGUAAUGACGUAGAUUAACUGGUUGUAAACUUAACACGAGGUUACUUUACCGCAUGUAUCUAUUAAGAACUUAGUGUGAAGGAUCUUUAGGGGUCUUUACGUUUUGUAUCGGAUUAGUGAUACAAUUUAAUAUAAUCUAUACCGCUUACACGUUGAUCAUGAUUUUAGUCCAGGUUAGUGCAAGUUAUGUUGACUAGUAUAACCGACUGUCAACAUAGCCUCAAUGCGUAACUGGUCAUAGAGUGGUACGGUGGUGUUCCUUCAGGCCCGAGGUAGUUUGGUUAAUAGUUAAGUUCAUAUCUUUUGAGGCUGGAACAAAAUUUGAUGCAAUCUAACGUAGAUUUUUAGCCUGUGGAGAGGGCAUCAUGAUAACCCCGUUUGAAGAGUUAUAGUUUGCGGCAUGGUUAGUAGUUUUGUUUCAAAUUCCUUCAUGAAUAUGGAUUGCUGUUACGGGAAAAUUUAAUGUUGUUUCCGUGUGGUUGUUAAAACAUGUUUAUUCGUAACUUUCGGUAUUCUAGCCUUCUUAAUUCAUAUGAGUUUCAGUUCUUUCAUUUGAUGUUUUAAAAAGAUAAAAAGCCACUGAUAGUAGUUUUUGAAUAGUCAACUUAAGUUGUACUGCUGCAUCUCGGUACUUUUGUUGUUUAUUAUAGUGGAAUUUUUUGGUCAAUAUAAGCGUUAGUGAUCUUUUUGGCAAUAUAGAUUCUCAUGGUAGUUGGAAACUGAAUUUAACUUAAAUUUCCUUCCAUACCCCCAAACUUAACACCAACUUUGCGUAGAUAAGCAGAAACUUUAAUUGGUUUUAUUUAACUUAUUUUGUAAGCUUCUCUAUUGUAAUUACGAUAGGUAUAUUUUUAAUAGCGAAGUUGUGAAUUCCCACCUAAGUUCCCUAUUUAUAAUGACCUGCGCUUUCAUUUUCGACAUAUAAAUAUUUCAAUAUAAAUCGGUUAGUUUCCAAGAGACCUUUUCCGUUCUUUUAUAACCUUAUUCAAGUAUUGUCAAAUUUAGAGAACAAUAGAACCUCACACCAGUUCAUAAUUAAGUACUUUGUAAAGGUUUUUUUCGAUUACGAAGUUGAGUAUCGUAGAGGUCAUGUCAGUUGUUGGCCUGACCUAGAAUAAAAGUUUGCUGAGGAACGAAAA